UGGUUUUUCCCAACCGUGCCUGGCAGAACAUUUAUGACUUUUUGACCACUUUUGUUUUCUUUUAUUCUCUCUCUCUCUCUCCUGUCUCUUUCCCAACAUGUCAUAGUGCUCUCUCUCUCUCUCCAUCGCUUCCUCCGAAGACUUCAAUUUCUCUCUUUCAAAACAUGAGCUUAGCUUCCUGUCCAGAAACUACACAAGCAACAUAGUCUAUAGAAGCCUAAAUUCCAGCCUUGAAGUAAAAGAAGAAAAGGCAAAAAGAAGUCUAGUUUUUUUGGCCAUAAAGUUGAUGACAUCUGAGCGUCAUUUAAAUUUUUCAGUAACUUACCCUUUUUCGCUGGAUGCAGCUAGUAUUUAUGUAAUUGUUUGUGCAAAAUGUUCGAUUGUGGUUUGAAGUCACAAUACAUGGGUGGCCAGCAAGAGAAAUUUGUAAGGUUGGAUGACUUGGACUCUAGAUUAUCUUCUCCUUCUGCUUCAGUCGGAAUGAACAAAUGUGGAUUUGGCAUCGAGGAUUUAACACGCAAAAGGCAUGCAGCUAAUACCCCAUCAAAGUCUUUUAAGAUAGGAAUGAGAAAAGGAUCUGAGGGACUUAAGUCCAUUGGUCGAUCACUUAAAUUUGGGGUUUCUCGGGCGGUGUUUCCAGAAGAUCUUAAAGUGUCAGAGAAGAAGAUAUUUGAUCCUCAAGAUAAAUUUCUUCAGUGGUGGAAUAAACUGUUUGUUGUAUCAUGUAUUCUGGCAGUAUCUGUGGAUCCUCUGUUUUUUUAUCUUCCAGUUUUCAGUCAGUCAUCUGAGUCAGACUGUCUGGAUAUAGAUCGAAAGUUAGCAAUCAUAGCUACAACACUCCGAACAAUAAUUGAUGUUUUCUACCUUAUUCACAUGGCACUACAAUUCAGAACAGCUUACAUUGCCCCAUCAUCUCGGGUUUUUGGACGAGGUGAACUUGUGAUAGAUCCUCGGCAAAUAGCUAAGCGAUAUCUACGGUGCUAUUUUAUAAUCGAUUUUCUUGCAAUUCUUCCCCUACCACAGAUUGUAGUCUGGAGUUUUCUGCAGAGAUCAAAAGGUUCAGAUGUACUGGCUACGAAACAAGCCUUGCUUUUUAUUAUCUUGCUUCAGUAUAUUCCUCGAUUUGUCCGCAUCCUACCUCUGACUUCUGAACUGAAAAGGACGUCGGGUGUCUUUGCUGAAACUGCAUGGGCUGGUGCUGUAUACUAUUUGCUUUUAUACAUGCUUGCUAGUCAUAUAGUUGGGUCAUUCUGGUACUUAUUAUCCGUAGAACGUAAUGAUACAUGCUUGCAGAGGGCUUGCAAAAAUAAUACUACAUGCAAUGUGAAUUUUUUGUAUUGUGGCAACCAGUACAUGGAAGGUUACCGUGCCUGGCAGAACAUCAGUGAUUCAGUUCUUGGUCCUGCUUGCACUGUAGAUGGUGAUUCACCACCAUUUGAUUUUGGAAUCUUCAAACAGGCCUUGUCAUCUGGCAUUGUCUCAUCCAGGAAUUUCCUUUCUAAAUACUGUUACUGUCUGUGGUGGGGACUGCAGAAUUUGAGUACACUUGGCCAGGGACUUCAAACCAGCACUUAUCCUGGAGAGUCUAUAUUCUCCAUAGCACUGGCCAUAUUUGGGCUCAUCCUCUUUGCUUUAUUGAUUGGCAACAUGCAGACAUAUCUUCAGUCUCUUACUAUUCGACUCGAGGAGAUGAGAGUCAAAAGACGUGACUCAGAGCAGUGGAUGCAUCAUCGUUUGCUUCCACAAGAUCUCAGGGAACGAGUAAGGCGCUAUGAUCAGUACAAGUGGUUGGAAACACGUGGAGUGGAUGAAGAGAACUUGGUUCAGAGUCUACCCAAGGAUCUUAGAAGGGACAUCAAACGACAUCUCUGUCUGGCUUUGGUGAAAAGGGUUCCGCUGUUUGAGAAUAUGGACGAAAGGUUGCUUGAUGCCAUCUGUGAGCGACUGAAACCAUGUUUAUACACAGAAAAUACGUACAUAGUCCGAGAAGGAGAUCCAGUUGAUGAGAUGCUUUUCAUCAUCCGUGGCCGCCUCGAGAGCGUGACCACCGAUGGUGGAAGAAGUGGAUUUUUCAAUCGCAGUUUUCUAAAAGGAGGUGAUUUCUGUGGAGAGGAGCUUCUGACAUGGGCACUUGACCCUAAAUCCGGUUCUAACCUACCAUCUUCAACUCGAACGGUGAGGGCUUUGACAGAGGUGGAGGCAUUUGCCUUAAUAGCCGAAGAGUUAAAAUUCGUGGCGAGUCAGUUCAGGCGACUCCACAGUAAACAAGUUCAACACACAUUUCGUUUUUACUCACAGCAGUGGAGGACGUGGGCCGCUUGCUUUAUCCAAGCUGCGUGGCGGCGAUAUUCGAAGCGGAAAACAAUGGAACUUCGUCGAAAGGAGGAGGAAGAAGCAGAAGGGUUGGCAGGGGCAAGCGGCCGUGGUGGUGGUGGUUCGUACAGCCUCGGUGCCACCUUCUUGGCUUCUAAAUUCGCAGCGAAUGCUCUUCGUGGGGUCCACCGAAACCGGAAUCUUAAGAGUGCGAGGGAGUUGGUGAAACUACAGAAGCCACCGGAGCCCGAUUUCACUGCUGAUGCAGAGUAAGUUUGUAUUCUGAGGACUCUUUUAAAUUUGAUGACUGACUAUUUUUUGUUGAUUGCACUUGCUUUUGGGGUAAAGAAAAAUGUAUCAUUUACUCGUAUCGUGGUGGUUUCGAUGGUUGCAAAAACAAGUUGUAUAACUGUAUAUGCAUGUCUUGUUGGUGCUUUAUUUUUCGUCUUACAUUUUGCAUGAA